AUGACACCAACACAUUUCAGCUACUACUCUGCCUUUAUCAUCAGCAUUACAGGCCUCUCACUACAUCGAACCCACCUAAUCUCAACUUUAUUAUGUCUUGAGGGGAUAAUAUUAUCCCUAUUCGUUGCCUUAUCCAUAUGACCAAUUCAACUACAAACCUCAUCAUUCAUGCUCAUACCAAUACUAAUACUAUCCUUCUCAGCCUGCGAAGCCGGCAUGGGCCUAUCACUAUUAGUAGCAUCCUCACGAACUCAUGGAUCAGACCGUCUGCAAAACCUAAAUUUAUUACAAUGCUAA